GCCCCUCACUUCACCACGGCACAUGUGCCUGCAAGAACAAAGCGCGCUAUUGUCGCAGCCGCCCCGAUUAUCUUACCCCUGUUUCUAAACCUGGUCCAGACUGCUAUACAGAAACCACCUACAGGCAACUACAAGGCAGCUCCUGGCUGCUCACUCCUCUCCACCGCUGCUAAAACAACGAGGCAGGGCAUCAAGAACCUCCAAUUACUCUCUCUCUCCGAACCUCCCCCCUCCCCUCACUCUAAACAUGAGCCAGGUCUCUCGAAGUUCCACCAACUGUCCGUCUCCCGCAAAAAAAAACCUCAAUCUGAACCAUUCUAGAAGAUUAAUAACUAUUGUCCGGGCCCUACUCCCUCUACUCUAUUAUCGGACGACAAUGGGGGACCGGGCAGCAAACAAUGUACGAUCGACCCAGCGCUGUUUCCAGGGGACUCGGGGGAAGGAGAGGUUUGGAGAGGUUUCUCCUUGUGAAAUCCCUGGUGCUAGACGGACCCAGUCCGGCCCCCUCCCCACCCCCUCCCCUCCCCUGGCGUGGGGUGGUGUGUGUAUCCGCUCCGGGUUGAUGUGCUCCAUAUGGUCCGGGACUGCGCGGUACCCGGAGUGGCUGGGGGGGCGGGGCCACUGCGUAGUAUUUGGUCCUGGUUGAAAUUUGAUUCAGAAGUUGAGAGGACUGCAGGACCCAAAGCGAGCGAGGGGGGAGGGAGACGCACACACACACACACACACGCACAUACACACACACACAGGUCGACCGGACGCUAUUUUACUGCAAUAAUAAAAGAAGCAAAGACGGACCCAGCCAUCGCUACAGUCUGAGAGACCGUGCGACCAUGAGCUCCACGGGGCGUCCGUCUGCUCACCCGCAGGACGGGGCAGAGAUCGACAGCGUCAAGGAGUCCAUCAGUGACAUCAUCAACCAGCUGCAGGACAUCGACCCGGCGCGGCUCUCCUUCUCCCCCUUCCUGGACCUGGACACCCAGAUCUCGCUGGCGCCCGUGUCGGACAGCCCCGAGUCCUCGGUGGAGGAGCUCCACUCCUCACCCCACUCCGUGACCGGGUCGCAGCGGUCACUGGAACCCGGGACCGGACCCUCAGCCGAUACGCACAGAGACGACGACAGCCGGCCAGACGACAGCGGGACGACGCGUCGGGAACAGGGAGUACCGGAGGGGGGGGGGGAUCUUUCCAGCGCCGUUGCCACGACGGCGCACACUUUGGAAGACGCCUCGGAAAACCGCGUCGUCGCUUCCUCCCCCCCCUCCCCUUCCCCCCCCUCCGCCCCCCUCGCCGAAGACCUCCCCAACGGGACGGACCCGGCGCGGCGGGCCCGCCAACCCCCGCCCCCCCUCCGCCCGCACCCCCGCCCCCAGCACCCCCCCCCCGCCGGCGAGGGCCGCCCCCUGCUCGACGCGGCCCCCGACACCGUGGAGCUGGCCGUCUGGACGGAGUCGGGGGGGCGCGGCCAGGGCUGCGACGAGGUCGUCGUGGCGACGGACGCGUUGCCGCCGGGAGGCCGGCGCUGCUGCCGCCGGGGGGGCCGGGCCCCCGCCCUGGGCGCCGCCGUGGCCUCGCUGGUGUGCGCCGCGGGGAUCCUCUAUGCACUCUAUUUCCACGUCCCCCUCAAGGCCCCGCGCUGCCCCGACCUGGGCAGCCGCCUCGUCUUCACCCUGGGCUGCUGCCUGGUGGCCUCCCUGCCCGUCCUGCUAGCGAUGCUCUCCGGCUGGGUCUGCCAGUUCUGCAGCGGCUCUCUGGAGGGGCCC